AUGGGUACUGGCACAUCUAGGGGUGCCAACCGCAACGAGCGGCAGGAGAUGUCGACAGGACUCCAAGGUGUCACAGAAGUCAACCCUGUGAAUGCAGGGAACCUUGUGAAGCAGAUAGCAGAGCAUAAGUCUGAGAAGCUCUCUAGUGGGCGGCGUGAAGGCUACCGCCCAUCUGACGAUAGUGCCCUUCACGGUGGCUGGCAUCAGACCCCAGAGCCAGGGUCAGCAACCAUGAUCGGCAGGAAUAGUGGGGAAUUCAACAGACAGUCUACAAGCACCCGGGGUUCCACAAGCACGCAAGGUUCGCGCCCGGGGGGCAGGCAGCCUGGUGGUGCAUAUGGGCUGUCAGAUGACCACCGUGGUGGGGUUGUGCCCAUCCAGGAGUCCAGCUUUUUCAUGUCCAGUUGGCACUCCCCUGCUGAUGGGGGUGGUCGGGCCUCAGGUUCUCGUGCGGCCUCCUCUGAUGCUGGCCGUGGGCCACAGCCUUCUGGGGAGGGCAGGUCAGGCCGCCCUUCCCAGGAACACAUCGCAGCAAGGUCAUCCUUCUUCUCCUCCUCAAAGCCUUCAUCCACAGCUGGCAGCCAGGAUUAUGAUGCAGGCCCCACCACAAGUCAGAAGAGGCCGUCUGAAACAAAGAAAAGGGUUUCAACUGAGCAGCCGAUAUCCCAUAAGGAUGAAGGCAGCUAUGUUGACUCGUCGGCAUGUCAAGAGUCGAUGCAGCGGGUACGGCCAUCGAUGGAUAUUGCGGGGGGCCCAGUUGGGGCCUGGGCCGGCUCUUCAGGUGCGCCAGAGAGGAUUUCCCUGCAGAUCGGCAUUCGGGCCAGCACAGCUGACCCACGCAAGGUGUCCGAGAGCUCCAGCGAGCUGGGCCCUCCAAGGACCAGUGCUGAACUGUUGCCUGUAGGCAUCCCUCCACCGCCCCCGCCCCGAACGGCACCCCCUCCAGAUAGUCUGCGGGAGGCGUGGGCCGAUGCAGAGCCAUCCACCCCAGAGCCCAGUGCAGGCAUGUCCACAAUGUCCGCUCCGCCGCUCAAUGGCCAGUCCAGCAACGCCUUGAUGCAACACCCAGCCAGUGGGCCCCCAGCAAGGCAGAUGGACGCGAGUGGGUACCUACCGCCAGAUGUGCUGCAGUCGAUGGGUCAAAUGGAGUUGGCGGGAGGAGGGGCACCAUCGGUCGGUGAGCCCGGGGGUAGUGGGCCGAGGGGUCAUGCCAAUGUCAGGAGCAGCUUUGCUGCAGAGAGGAAGAGUGUAGAGUACCAGCAUGAGUUUUCCAGCUUGGACAUAUUCCAGAACGCAGUGGAAGAUGGCUCAGUCUCCCGCCUGAACAGCGAAUCAUUCUCAGGGGAGCUGCGGCGAAGGUACCACCAGCUGGCGGUCCUGCCUGCUGAUGUGCCUGUCCCCAUUAGUCUGCUGGCCCGCCUGUGGGGCACACCUGACCUGCAUGAUGCAGAAGCUGCUGCGAGCCUCAUGGAGUCAAGAAAGAUCCUGAAGAUGGCAAUCCUUGAAGACGACAGUGCCUGGUGCAUCAUCAGCCCUUUCCACCUGGGAAGGCUGCAGGACAUGUUCAGGGACAGCUUGAAGGCGCAGCACUCGCGACUGGUGAACCUCUACAGGCAGGGCUUCCACAACCUGGCACUGGUGCCUGACGACCAGUACUUCAUGCAGAACAUCGCUAACCACCUGGUGGAGGCUGACAGGCUGGAGGAGAUGGCGGGUUUGUUAAGGGACCCGAUCUGGCUGGAGACCAAGCUCCGCAGCUAUGGUACCGGUGCUGUUGUGUCAGACUUCAGGAGGUACCUGAUGGUGAAGGAGGAUCCAGACAUCAAACUCCUCCUGCGAUCAUUCCAGAUGUCAGCAGCUGCCAGCCUGGAUCACCCCAACCUGUACAUUCUCAAGGAACAGAUGCUGUCACGCCUGAUGGUCGCGGCACAGCGUACCAACCUUGGGGAGUGGUAUGAAACAGCUCGCGCUGAGUGCUGGCUCGCUGUGCCCCAUCGACGGGCACGCAACAUGCCUGUGCACAUGCUUCCCAGGCGCCCCACUCUUGAGCAGGCUGGUGGCCUGCAGCGCUUGAUCCUGCGGGGACACUCUGAGGCUGUCAGGAAGGUUGUGCUUGCGCCCAAUGGGAUGGAGGUGAUCACAGGCUCAGCGGAUGGUGCGGUCCGUGUGUGGGACAUGGAGAUCGGAGACUGUGUGCUGCUGCUGGAGGAGCACCAGGGGCCCAUUACCAGCGUGUCAAUAUCAGCCGAUGGCCAGACGCUCGCAUCAGGCUCUGAUGAUGCUGUGGCGAUCGUGUGGGACUUGUCAUCAGGCAUAUGGCGGCACAAACUACGUGGACACAAGAAGAGGAUCAAUGCGGUGGCCAUCGACCCCCAGGGCCGCCGUCUGGUGACCUCAUCGCAGGACAUGACUACCCGCAUAUGGAGCUUGAGCAAGGGCAACUGCCUGCAUGUGCUCUCCGUUGUGGGCGGUGGCAUGGGCCCAACCUGGGAGGAUUGGACGGCUCAUCAUGGUGUGGCAAUCUCACCUGACAGCCGCCUUCUAGCCACGGUGGAUGCAGAGUACUGCAUUCGCGUGUGGAAGAUGGAAACGGGGGAGCCUAUGGAUACACUGGAGGGCCACACUGACUGGGUGAAGGCACUGGCAUUUGCAGGGGACAGUGGCAGCUUGCUGACUGCAUCACAUGACAAGACGAUCCGGCUGUGGGACCUGUGGACAGGGGUGUGCAACAAGGUGUUCACUGGCCACAGGGGCCGGAUCAACAACUUGGUGGUGACACCUGAUGGCAAGCGGGCGGUGUCGGUAUCUGAUGAUAACACUGCCAUUGUGUGGGAUAUCGAGAACCAGAGGAUGCAGUCUGAGCUGUGUGGCCAUGGGGCAUGGAUCAAUGAUGCGGCCAUCACACACAAUGGGCAGAGGGUUGUGACAGCCUCUGGCGAUGACCUUGCUGUCUAUUGGGAUGCAACCACUGGUGAGGCGCUGCGUGUCUGCAAGGGUCACAGUGGAGAAGUGAAUAGUGUUGAGCUGUCGUACAAGGGAAGGUUCGCCAUCACGGCGGCUGAAGAUGGCACUGCUCGUGUUUGGGACCUCCAGGCUCCCAACGUGCCACUUCCAGAACACCACCAGGGCAAGGUGAUUGGCAUAGUUAUGGCCCCUGAUGGUGUCCAUGCUGUCACAAUCGGAGAGGACAAUGUGGCCCUUGUGUGGGACGUAAAGUCUGGCGAGUGCUUGCACAUUUUGCGGGGCCAUAGCACCGGCCUGCACUGGGCAUACCUUGUCAGGGAAGGAGAGCUGCUGGUCACAGGCUCAGGGGAUCGACGUAUAUGCCUAUGGGACGUGAAGUCUGGCAUCUGUGUGAACACGAUGCCUGACCAUCGCGGUAGCCGGAUGAAGUCCUUUGCGAUCUCCCCUGAUGGCCGCCGUGCAGUUAUCGUUCUCUUCGACUCCACAGUGUCUGUCUGGAAUCUGGACACGAUGGAGUGUACGCACCAGCUGAUGAAACGCGCAGAGCGGGAUGGCAUCCGUGUCCAUGCUGGCGGUGUCAAUGCCGUGUACCUCAUGAAGGCCGGCACAACUGCUUUGACCAUCAGCAAGGACUGCACCGCCCGUGUGUGGGACCUUGAGACUGCACAGUGCACCAUGAUGUUGACUGGGCAUGAGGACGGACUGAGCACGGGAGUGGUGAAGGAGGAUGGCACUAUGUGCCUCACAGCAAGCUAUGACAAGACAGCCCGUUUGUGGGACUUAAAUACUGGCGAGUGCUCCAUGGUGCUGGACCACCCAAAGGAGGUGGACCAUGUGGCUGUGGACCCCCAAUGGCACCGUGCUGUGACCAUCGCGGAGGGGAAGACAGCCUGGCUGUGGGAUAUCAAGAAGGGGAGGUGCCUGGGCGUCCUGGAGGGCCACUCAGACGAGAUCGCAGGUGCAGUCUUCUCCAGCGACUCACGCUUUGUGGUGACCUACUCCACCAACAGCGUGGUACGUGUGUGGACGGCCCACAGCGGCCGCCUGCGGGUAGUGUUUAUGGGCGAUUGCGGAAUAACUUCAUGUGCCUUUGGAGGCUCCAAGCUGUCAGACACGAUAAUCGCAGGUGAUGGGAACGGAUUGGUGCAUUUCCUGGACUUCCCUGCUGAGGAGUUGUCCAGCUCACGCUCCAAGUAA